AUGGUUUGCUAUACCAUGAUGGAAAGAGUUCUGGAGCAACAUGCUCAAGAGCAUUCAGACACUAUGGCCGUGCUGGACGGGCCUCAAGCCCUCACGUAUGGGCAACUGCUAGCCCGUGCCACAUGCCUGGCGGACAGUCUUCAGCUGAAAGACAAGGUUGAGGCGGAAGAGCCCGUCGGUAUUCUUCUCAACCCUGGCCUGGGUCAAGUGGUGGCCCAAGUGGCCGUCCAUCUCGUCGGUGCAACAUGCGUCCCUCUUGAGCCUAACCAGCCCCCGAAGCGGAUCUGUGAAUUGUUACGUGAUGUUGCCGUCAGACGAGUGAUCAUUGAGGAUUUUUCUACCAAUAGGUAUCAAGGCUUCGACCUUUACCCGAUGGAACACCUCGAACCCGCGCUAUUCCGCCACCAUAGUCACCUGAUCCAGACAAGCAGCAUCCUCCAUUUGGCAAUGAAGAACAACAUGACUCCGCUGUCACAUACCGAUCGCGUGACCGCAUUCAACAAUCCUGGCUUCGAUCUGAGUCUGUUUGAGAUGUGGGCCACGCUGAUAGCCCGGAGGACUAUCGUGGUACUGCCAAAGGGAGUCGCAACCGACCCAAGCCGUCUUCCUGCCUUUUUGACUGACACCCGAGCGAGCGUGAUGAUCAUCCCAACGGCCCUCUUCAAUAUAAUUGCGUCAACAGCCCCCAAUGCAUUUCGUGCUUUGCGCCAUGUGGUAACAGCUGGCGAGGCAGCGAAUCCACGAGCGCUGCGAUUUGUCCUGGAGAAGGAACCCCCAGAAAACCUGUGGAAUGGGUACGGUCCUACUGAGGGGACUACCCUGACGACCAUGUACAGGGUAACCUUGCCGGACUGUCUGGAAGACCGCAUCAGCAUUGGCCAGCCCAUUGGAAACGCUUGUUUAUCUGCUAGACGAUAA